UCGACUUUAAUUAGUCACAAUAUACCACAGGACGUUUCCUCCACGAGGACCGUCGGCCACUGUGAAUAUCGGUCAUCCUCGGUGAUGAAAUAUUUUUUUAAACUAUAUCAUCCUUCCGGCUUCCAGUUUAUAGUCUUGGUUAAACCGAACACGUGGACUAAUUAUGUGGCAUGUAGAAGAAGACCUCCAUCGGCCACUGCCACGUUGGUCGAACCAUCACUGUACAAGACAUCAUCACCACCUGCACCAUUACGAUAAUAAUGGAAUCAAAACAUACACAAUUGAAAAUGGUUUUAUAGGAGUUGGCCAGCAUCAAAAUCACAUGUACUAUCCAGUUUCUUAUUGUAUGGUUAACGAUGAUGUUCAAGAAGAAGAACAUCAUCAUCAUUAUACUUUUCCUCAAAUGUUGAUGAGCCGUCCACCACCUCCACCAACACCAGAACCAUCAUCUCUACCAUCUUUGAUGUUAUCGUCUCCACCUCUGCCAGACUCUUACUAUGUUCACCAUCCAUUUACUCCCAUUAUGCAGCAACCACAGCAGCCAUCACUUGUAUCAUCAUCACCAGAAUCAUCACUUACAGUUGGCUACAAUACCAUUCAGCAACAAAUCCAGCAACGUAUAAAUGAUUACGACUACAAUGAAAGAAACUCUGAGUUAGCCACCAGAAUGAUUAAAAAUGAUUUAUCUUCAUCAUGUUUUCGUCGAUUACAUCUGGGAGAAAGAACUAUUGACAACAGUAUGAAGUCAACUGUAAUUUUCAAUAAAAACACACAAGAACAAACAUCAAAUAACAACAAUAGAUUAUUAGAACAAGCAAAUGAAAUCAAAACACAGUUUGAGAUUACACUGGGUGACGAUAAAAUAAUAGGUGUGUGCAAACGGACUAUAAUGGCUGCCAUAAAUAAAGUCAUAGUUGACAAUUAUGAAUCUGCUUUGUACAAAUUACGUAAGACUAUAAGAGUAUUGGACAUAUUAAAAUUCAACGAAGGUGUCAGUGGGAUUGAAACUGCCAAAAUCGAUACUGUUGGGCCAUGGUUGGAAACAUUGAACGAUAUGGAACAAAAAAUUACACAAUAUCAACAGGACCAAAACAUUAAUGGACACCACGGUCCUAGUCAGUUAGAAAAUAGUACCAUAAUAAGAACAGAAGACAACUUUAACAAGCAACUAAUACAACUCACCAGUAAUAUGAGCAGUAGAAAUGAUAACAUAAAAAAUGAAAGCAAUGGUCGUCUAUAUAACUUUUGGUGGAAAUCAAACUUAAAGCGUUACCGUACUACAGGAAAGUUUGUUGUAGAGCAUCGAUUUAAUACCAACCGUCGUCGAUACCAAAGAAACAACUAAUACUAAUGGUUGUUACUAAUAUUUGUAAAUCAGGAUACCAGCAUCUGUGUAGGAGAAUGAUUGAUCUCUACAAUUAGAACAAUUUUUCUAUCUUAUUGACAUAUAGUUUACCCAGAGAAAACUUUUUGUCGCUUAGUAGAUGAUAUACCUACUUAAUAACUGGGUAACAAUGACUUUUUGUAACAAAUAUUUAAUAUUUGAAACAAUAUUUGAAAUAAUUUUAUAAUUUUAUUUAAUUUGUAGAAAUAAUAAUUUUUAGUUUUAUAAUAUUAUGACGUAAUCUGCAUUUAUUUUGGUCAAGUGGUCGACAGACGGCGACGACAAUAAUAAUAUUAAUUUAGGUAUAGUACAUUAGUACGCUAUUAUAUUACUAUAAUUAUUAUAGUACUCUGUUCAAUAAGUCUGUACUCUGCGUUUGGUCGAUGUUUUAUUAGGUAUUUUACGUUUUUAAAAACUAUAGCUUUUAGCUGAAUUUUACUUUGGACCUUCAAAAGUUCAAGACGUAUGACGACUUUCGUUUUUUGGAAAGUAUAGAAUUAAUUAAAAUCUAAUUUUUAUACAUUUACUUGAAUACAUGUUUUACAAUAACAUUGUUUGAAAUAUAUAUAUUGUUAUUUAUUAUAUUAAUA